AUGUCCAUAUUCCUUUGUAUUCUUGUCAUACUCGUAUCCAUAUCUCAAUCCUAUGCCCAAUCAAGUUUCUUAUACUACUUCUGUAAAAAUGACAAAGGAAAUUAUACUGCUAACAGCACCUACCAGAACAACCUCAACACCCUUCUAUCCAGCCUCUCUUCAAACACAGAUAUUGACUAUGGCUUCUACAAUUUUUCAUAUGGCCAAAAUAGUGAGAGAGUAAACGCAAUUGGGCUCUGCAGAGGAGAUGUUAAGCCAGAUGCUUGCCGUAGAUGCUUGAAUGAUUCAAAAGUCCUUCUCACGCAACUGUGUCCAAAUCAGAAGGAGGCAAUUGGUUGGUAUGACAAUUGCUUGUUACGCUAUUCCAACCGCUCACUAUUCAGCACCAUGGAAACCGCACCUACUGCCUGUAUGUGGAACAUUGGUAAUGCAACAGAUAUUGAUCAAUUCAAUCAAGUGCUGAGGAGCUUGCUAGAUAGUCUCAUAGGCCAAGCUUCAUUAGGGGACUCCCAGCGUAAGUUUGCCGCAGCAAAUAUUUCAGGGCCAGCCUUUCAAACUAUAUAUGGCCUUGUGCAGUGCACACCUGACUUGUCAGAACAAGAUUGCAGUGCGUGCUUGGUUGGGGUCAUCUCAGAAAUUCCAAAUUGUUGUGAUGGCAAGAAAGGUGGUAGAAUUUUAAAGCCUAGUUGUAACUUCAGAUAUGAGAUAUACCGCUUCUAUGAUCCUACCAAUGUUGCAAUACCACCAGCACCAGCACCAAAGGUGUCUGCUCUUCCUCCUUCAUCAGCAGAUACCUUGCCCGCAGAAGGUAAACGUGAGAUCCUUCUUGAAAUAACGAGGAAGUCACGGAAACAAAUUGCAGGAUGGAGUCAAGCUUUUGUCUAA